AUGGCAAAGAGAAUGAUCGUGGCAAAGUUCUUUUAUUCUUGGAAAAGAACAAAUCACAAAAUCAAUGAUGAAAAAGAAAAACAACUUUGUGAGCGCUUGAACAGAAUGAAUUUAGAGGAAUUGACAGAAAUGGUGAAUGAAAUUCCAAAAACUAUUCAACAAGAUCAAAAGUACAUACAUUUCAAGUGUCGAGCAUCUUCAUUGGACAAGAAGGAUCUCUUCUCUAGUGAUCCAUAUUUUGUAAUUGAGAAGGAAAUUUAUAGUGAUCGAAGAGAGCAGAUUUUCAAAAGUGAAACAAUCAAGAAGUCAUUGUCUCCUGUAUGGACAGAGUUUGAAUUGCAUUUGGAUGUGUUAUGCUCUGGAGAUUUGUCCAAGAAGUUAUGGUUUUUGGUGUAUGAUUGGGAUAAACUUUCCAAUGACGAUUUAAUUGGUCAAUUCUCAUGCACCUUAGAAGAACUCAUGCAAGGAAAAAAAGAAUAUAAUGUCAUUGAGCCAACACUUGCUGCAAAGAAGAAGAAUUACCCCAAUUCAGGUGUAUUUCAUUUUGAUACUGUUCAGGAAAUUAUGAGAAAUGUGAGUAUUCCAAAUCCAGAACAUCAAGUUUAUUACAAUAUUCUAAAGAAGAAAGAAAACUCAACUGAGGCGUUCCUAGAUUAUAUCUAUGGUGGAACUAGUAUUUCUGUUUCGAUUGGAAUUGACUUUACAGGGUCAAACGGGCACUAUCAAAGUACAUCAAGUUUGCAUCAUUUGUUUGAGAAUGGCACGAUGAACAGCUAUCAAAAAGCGAUCAAAUCGGUAGGAGAGGUUUUAGAGCCAUACGACAACGAUAAAAUGUAUGGAGCCUAUGGAUAUGGUGCUGUAAUUGAGGGAGAAACAAAAAUGCGACCAAUGUUCAAUCAAUCUUUACAAGACGAUAAGGAAGAGCUUUGUAGCUUGAUGCAGUUUUGCAGUUUUACAAAGAUGCAAUACCCAAGCUACAUUUUGGAGACAUGGGUUCAGCUUCCAAUCCAAAAACUCUCAAACCUUAUUAUGGUGACGAUUUUUAUAGAGUCAUCAAACAUGUGGUUGAAAAAACGCCUCAAGUGA